GGAGUCGGUGAUGCAUUUGAGGUUGGUUUAAACAGGAAUGAGACUAUGUGGCCUCCGAGCACAGAGGGGAAAAUGUUAGCAGCACUCCUCAUGUAAGCUAUACUACUUGAAUACUUGAAAAUGCAUCUUGAAAAAGGUCUAAAGAAGAAAGCUUUGAUAGAAAUGGCUCACAUUGCUUUAAUGAAAGAUGAAAUAGUAGGAAAAGGAUGACCUGUGGACGUCCAAAAAACACAUAAUCUCUCCUUCAGACUUUACUUUAUAAGUUCUAACUCAAGACUCUGACUGUGAAAUUCGACCUCUGUGAUUUAUUGAAGUCCAGAGUGUGCUGUAAAUUAUCUCAAACAAACACAGCUUUGAUCCCACUUUGCCUCUUUGGUCACCCCGUCAGAUAUUCCUUGAAACAUUUGUUGUGUUAACUUUAUUUUAACCACAUUAUUUUUGGGCUGUCGAAUUGAACCAGUGUCACUCUCAGCACUUCCAAUGACCUGGGCCGAUUUACCCUGAGUAGCAUUUAAUCUGCUGUGCUCCACUACAUUACUCUGCUGUUGUCUCAUGCUGCGGUGAGUGCUGACUCCUCACCUGUCCCUGUCCGGAGGUUUUUCUUUGCUCCUCUUUGUGUCACACAAUCCCCCCAAUCCAUGUGUACAAUCAUGAAGGUGUGAACAAGAACGUUGAAUUAUGGUAUUCAUAAAUUUCCAAUAUUCUAGAGUUAUUUUUGCCCCUGCAACUCUUGCAGUGCACUGACUUUGUAUUUGUGGCUUUCUGGUCUGCUUAUGUCAUGUCUGUUCUCUGCAAAGCAGCUGGAGCGGUUCUUUCAUUGAAUGGACUCGGAACAUCAAUGGCUCUCUAUCCUGUGGCACAAAGAGCUAGCAUCCUGCUGCACUUGCUAUGCAAGAGGAGUGGUAGGAGCCAGGUCCGUGCAGUGGUGAAAUCACACUUCACACUUGGGGUCAUUUAGUGUGGACGUCCAUUUGCAGUAACGAGACAUCAACAUGAGCAACCACCAGGCUCCUCCCCUGGCCCGAGCCUCAGAGCUGGAGGUGAUCUCCCAGCAGGUCGAGGAGGACAACCAGUGCGUAGCCCCUGUCCAGCUGGUCAGCAUGGCCUACAGAGACUUGCCUCUGGCCGCGCUGGACAUUUCCCUUGCUGGAUCUCAGCUCAUCUCAAACCCGGAUGAAGAGGACAACAGAGACGGGUCGAACUGGCUGAAACCGUGCUGCGGGCGCCGGGCAGCACUGUGGCAAGUCUGUCUGCUGUCGGCAGGCUUUAACUGUGUCCUGGUGGCCUGUGUCAUUCUGGUGGUGGUGCUGCUGACACUGGAGCUGCUCAUAGACACCAAGCUGUUGCAGUUUAAUAACGCUUUCCAGUUUGCAAGCAUCAUCCACUGGAUCAGCCUGGCCAUUCUCUCUGUGUUCUUCACCGAGACGGUGUUCAGGAUCGUCGUAUUGGGGAUAUGGGAUUACAUAGAGAACAAAGUAGAGGUGUUUGAUGGAGCUGUCAUCGUCCUUUCUCUGGCCCCCAUGGUGGCCUCCACAGUGGCCAAUGGCCCCAGUAGCCCCUGGGACGCUAUCGGUCUCAUCAUCACACUGCGCAUCUGGAGAGUCAAGAGGAUCAUUGACGCCUUUGUGAUGCAAGUGAAAGUGGAGAUGGAGCUUGAGAUCCAGCAGUAUGAGAAGGCCAAAGCAGUGAGGGAGGAGCAGCUUGACCGUCUCACCCAGAUCUGCCAGGAACAAGCAUUUGAAAUCAGGCAGCUGAGAGCCCACCUGGCCCAGCAGGACCUAGAUCUCGUAGCAGAACGUGAAGCAGCCAUGCAGAUCCACCAUAUGUGGGGUAAACAGAGCAGCAGUUUCCAGGAGGUGGACGGACUGGCCCCGGGGACCUCUGAGCCUCACGGGUCGAAUAAAGCCAGAGAGCCCAGGGGGCCUGCAGAUCAUCAUGGUCAAGAUGACAUGAACAACUACAUCAGCCAGUACUACAGUGAACCUAGCAGUGAUAUGGGGAUCCCAGACCCAGCACGCGUCAUCACCACAGCAGCCAUAGAUGUGCACCUGCCGAACAACCCCAGCCAGCUCCCCCCUUCUUUGGUGAGUGCCGAUGCAGUGAUAUCCGGCCGUCUGCAGCGGACCGGCAGCUCAGUCAGUGAAGCCUCCACCACCACAGUGUCCCGCACAAGCUUCAGCGGCAGGCAGCACAGCAUCAGCAGCCACACGCUGGGCUCCACCUCGGACUGCAGCUCCACGGUGCGGGAGGCCUCCACCUCCACGGAUUACAGCGACCAACGCUGCUAUCCUCCACCUUACAGCAGCCCUCUAGCCCUGGGGACUCAGCCACGAGGGAGUCCCAGCGCCGUGGUGCAGGAGCUGCUCUCCUCUUUGUCCGAGGACUCCUGUCUGACGCAGAAGGGACUGGACCCGGUUAACCUGAAACCGCCGAGCCCAGCAGGUUCCACCAAGACUAGCCCUGAGCUGGAGCACAGGCUCAACCUCUACAACAAGAGGAACCAGGAGAGCAGAGUCGGGCUGCACUCCAAGCCUCUGAUUCAUCUGCAGAGCAACGAGCCUCUUCUGCAGGAGAAGUACAGAAUGAUGGAGCCGGUGGACGCUCCAGUCAGCCGUAUGUCAGAGACAUAAGACUCGGCCCAAAACGGGGAACUACACUGGACUCUCUUAAGAUCAACCACAAAAAAUUGACGCUCUAAUAAACUCUGGUGUUGGUUGUAGUCCCAGGCACAUAAACAGCAUGUCCUCUUUGUACUGACGGGACGGAGGGGAUGAACCUUUCAUAGCAGCACAAAAAUAAAAGGAGAUGGAAAACUGGAGGAGGCAGACUUAUCAGGCAUCACUUAUCAGGAAUCAACUUUCACAAAAAUACUUUUGUGUUUUAUGAAAAAUUUUACCAAUAGAAACCAGCAAAAAGGGCUCAGGCCUGUCGUUUUCAGACUAAAGGUCUUUGCAGAAACAAUCUGGCUUUUGGUUACGUUGUGGAUUGAUUUCUAGCAAGAGAUGCUGGACUGAUCAGAUGAUAUUACUGAAGGGCAAGGAACGGUGUAUGACUUGCAGAUCUAAGUACAUGUAUAUCUGCCGCUGUAGAGGUCAGUGUAGUGUCUCCAAACACACAAAGAACAGUCCUCUUCGACUGGACAGCAGCAGGGUACGUUGGAUCACAUGUUCUUUCUAUCUUUGUCUUUCUAUAUUUAGCAAUGUUAACAUUUUUAUUGAAAAUUCUAUGAAUGGAAACCUUCAAACUUGUCACUGGUGGAUGAUUCAAGUAAUUCAGAGUUUUUAUCUUGGUGCAAUGACGUAAAUCAGUGCUUAAUGAGGUUUUUGCAAAUACAGCAUGUCCUUCUCACGUCUAUUUAAUUGGAAGCUACCUGCACACGGUAGUUUUGAUAUCAUUCAGGUCUAAAAUGUUACCUGUUUAUUUUAAUGUUUGGAUGCUGUGUAAACAAUUCAGGAUGGGUUUGAUCCAUCACAUCGCAGCCGUCAAAUACCGAGGGACAAGAAAAUGUCAAAGAAAAUUUAAGCAUGAACCUUCCUCUUUAAAAAAAAAAAAAAACUAUUGUACUGUCAGCAGGCUUUUUCUAUCUUGAUCAUGGGAAGAACGUAUUGCAAAAU